UGGUGCUAUUGAGUAAUCACAUGUGCAUCGCCGGUUGCCAACUGUCAGGGGGAUUCUGUCACGAGAUAGACAAUUUGUUCGACUCAUUUAUGAAGAAAUACACCUUUUUCGUUAUUUUACGUAUAAAAUUUUAACCGUGAGAGAUAGAAACAAUCGUCUUAUACGAAAAGGUACACCGAUAUAAACGGUUUAUCAUUCUAAUAACUCCGCUAGUGCUGUUAUCACUGCGAUAACACUUUCUUCGAUAUAAUGGUCAUUCAUUUAAGAACUAUGUGGCGUAGAAAAUUCCCGAGAUAAGAGAGAUUAAAAAUUUCAACCGCAUCCCAGGACGGAUGUAACUCAACAAUGGGAACAUUUCUGUAUGUUAGAUGGAGCUUGUUGUUGUGACACAGCUUUUUGCGAUUACUGGACUAUAUUUCGGCCGUGUCGAGUACAUUUUUCAAAUGUCCAAGUAGCCAGAGGAACUCCAGCUGUUGCACCGUGUAUUUUUGGACGCUCUGUAUAGUCUCGAGUAGCGUCGAAGGUGGGGAAAACUGUUUCCCCUUCCUAAACCGAACUCCGGAGUCGACGGAUUCGUGCGAGCAGACUUGUAGCAACUUGUAGACAGUCCGUGACAAAGCGAACGGUCGUGCUUGCUCGACUACACAAUAUCCUAGCCGCGGACCGAAGCGAGUGCAUGUCACUUGCACUUGCACCAGUCACCCACGAGAAAGGGACGGAACAAGUGUCGAAGAAACAUGGCGGCGCAUUGGAACGUGCCACAGUGAUGCAGCGUACGCGCAACGAAAACCGCGACUCAGACUGACCAAAAAGGCCUCGCUCACUAAACAUCCAUCUGGCCAAAUGACAUGGGAAUUUGUAAUCGAAGACACUUCCUGUUGACAAUAUGCGUCUUGCAACUUAUCACUACCAUAGAGCGCCAAGUUUUCGACUUCCUGGGCUUCAUGUGGGCCCCGAUACUGGUCAAUUUCUUCAAUAUUAUAUUUGUAAUCCUAGGAUUCUUUGGGGCCUUUCAGUAUAGACCUAAAUAUAUCAUAUCGUAUUGCAUAUGGAAUACGCUAUGGCUAGGGUGGAAUGUAUUCAUGAUAUGUUUCUACCUCAACGUGGGUGUGCUGGACAGAAAUAGUGAUGUUUUGAACCUUGGCACUGGCAGUUUUUCCUGGUGGCACGUGAACGGACCAGGCUGCAAAGCUGUUUACGAUGUUACCGAGCCUGAAUUAUUCAGACCUGCGCGGCCUACAAACGUAACAGACUGCGUGCUAGAUUACGAAGUAGUUGAAAUUUUACACGCGUCUACUCAAUGUAUUUUAGGUUUUAUUGCAAUCGUCGGUGGUAUUUGUCUGAGUAAAGUUUUCCUAGAAGAAGACGAUAGCUUGCAAGCUAAACGGAAGAAAAAGCAGCCGAGGCCGUUGUACAGUAUCGAGUACUCUCAGCCUGAGCCUCCAGUACACGAUGACAGCGUCUCACCCAAGCCGAUGACGCCUCGCAGAGUGAAGCGCAGGUCGGUGAUCUCUCGAGACGGAACGCGAAGGUCCAGCCGCAGGAGCUCUGUGAGACAAUCCCGCAGGAAGAACCCCGUGAACCGAAUCAUGGACCACCAGGAGAGCCUCUACGCCAACACCACGCCUAGCAACCUCACCAAUCAGAACGUCAACUCCCUGUCCCAAGGUACCCUCAACUACGACCGAAUCUCAAUGACCUGGGACAGAGAUAGGAACUCCAAUUGGCAGCCAGAAGCUGUGAACAUGGCCGUGUCCUCUCCCACUUUAUGGAACCAGGACUCUUCCAACAACUACUCCAACACCACCAACUACACGAAUCAAAACUAUCCCAAUUGGGACGCGAGCAGUUCUACUAGGAACCUGGCUGAUAAUUGGCAGCCUAGCGAGUUGAGCCCUAUGCAAUGGCAAGGCCAGAGUAAUCCUACUUUCCAGCAGACCAGCACCCAGAGCCUGAACGGCGAGGAUCUGGAUGACUUAUAUAAUAAUCGACCAGCCAGCGCCAGGUCCAGUUAUAGCAACUAUCACGGGGUGAGGGCCACGCCACAGGUGCCUAACAGGACUGACAUCGUCAGACAGAGCCAGAGACAAUUCGUUCUCAGUGGACCCCCUGCUUAUCAGGACACAGUGAUUUGAGGUAUCGCUGGUGAUGUUGGGAGCUGGCAAGAAAUGAUCUUGGUUAGAGUUUACUGUCCUCGUUGUUUCAUUCAAUUAAUAAGGAGACCAAUUAUGUUUGAUUAUGUCUCCUUGUGAGAAAUACAGAGUGUAGUUCUCUAUUUUCCAUGGAUGGGCAAAAUUUUAUUUGAAUACAAAAUUAUAUAUGAAAUAUAGCAAUCUAUUUAUAGCUACAUUUCAAGAGAAAUAUCUAUUCUACCUUAUAUUUGUUACAUGAAAACUAACUAAGAAUUUUGCCCAUCUCUGCUACUGAUCCGUGUUAAAGCUUGACUCUUAAAACACAAGUUUAUUCUUGUUGAUUCCCAACAGUAAAAGGCCUAUGUUUGCUGUUAUGGAUGAAACGCAAUAGCAUGUUACUAUGUACUUAACACUUUGUUACUUUUAAGUUUACUACAGUAAGUGAGAGAGAUUUCUCUCGCUACUUCACCGACUAUCAAGCUUUACUUAAUCCUCUAUGGUCCUAUGUCGAGGGAGACUCGACAAAAAUGUACUGAAAUCAAAAAUCUGGACCGCAGAGUAUUAAACAGGGGAUGCAAUCCCUGUUUGAGCUGCAUUUUGUUGUGUACAAUCAGGACCCUGUGCAAGGGACAUCUUGGUGAAAUUUUAACAAUUAGACUGUGAAUUUCAUUUAAUUAUAGCGUGUAUUAAUAUAGAAAAAUGAUUCUGCACACGUCUAGCACAUGUUUUUCAUAUUUAAAUACGCUAUAAAUGAGUGUCCCUUUGUUAUCCUAUGUCGAGUGAGGUUCUACAUAAGAAAUCUGGAUCACAAAGGGAUAAAAUUCGUAGUCUAAUAGCAACGUUCGAAGGAUUUCGAGACUAGCAAUAUUUCACAGAUCUCGUAACGACCUUCCAUCUUCUUAAACCUCCGUCUUUCAUCUCAGGACUCAACGAGUCAGAGUUUCCCCCUUUUCCUAAUAAACGUUUAGCUGUUCGCACAUUUCACCAUCGAUACGGAACCGUAGAAUGGUAUAUCUUUUAUACGAAAUAUAUAUGUACAUAUAAAAUUUAACUAUACAAAAUUUUCAAUACCAAUUUGUCGCAAUGAUCACUUUUUGCUAUGCGCUUUUCUUUUUUCUAAUGCAAUUUAUUAAUUAUUGCUUUACUUCGAGUAACUCGAUCAAAUAUUGAUCUGAGAUUAAUUGAUAAAACAAAUAAUUCUUUUUAGAUGUUACAAAACGAUUUACAGCAUAAAAUGAAUAACUAACGUCGUCGCAGGUUAUUUAACUCGUCAUUCAAAUUUUCGUCAUCUAAAGGAUCAUCUGUAAAUAUCCAGUUAAUAAUCAUUGCCUCGAAUCAUUCUGUACAAAAAGAAGAACGACGAUCAUCCUUAUUUAUAAUGUUUGAAGCACCUUGAAGCCUUAAAAACGACGCACUCACACGUGACUUAUACAAUUUAGGGAAAUAGAUAAGCACUCCUCUACUUUUCUACGUCCUAUUUUCUAAAGGACGUGUUAAGAUUUUUACCGAACGCCAUUGUAUUCUUGCAAUUGUGUCAUAGUCUUCCAGACUGCGAGAACAAAAUAAUUAAAAAAAAAAGUAUGUAUAUGAACCGCUCAGAGAUCGAGAAGGGAUGAUAAAAAUCAAAUUCUUCGAGAAUCAAUUCAUCAAAGUAACGAUGUAUUAAAAAUUAAUAAAAUGUGCGUAAAAAAAAAGUGAUUAGAAGUAAGUAGAGUCACUCACGAUUGGUCGCUGAGAGUUUCAUAAAUGUCCAGUGGCGUAACCAGAAAUGUUGAGACUCGUGUAUUAAUAGUUAUAGUGUGGCCCUUACAGAAGGAAGAUAAAUUUAAAAAAAUACAAAGUGAUAUUUUUAAUUUAAAAAAGAAGUAAUUUCUAAUAAGACAAAAAUUAUAUUUUAUAAAGUUGGGUCUCCUAAGUUACGCUACUGUAUCGGUCUCGUGUAAUAAGCGUAUCGUUUUCAAUGCACUGCGCGUGAAAAGUGCAAUAAGAGUUUCUCGUCGGAGUUGCAGACUAUUUUUUCAUGCGGUGAAUCAAAAUACACAUAGAUUACGUCGAUGGCGUUGUUGAGCUGCACGUGCCUCGAUCAGAGAUGGUCAGAAUUUAAUUUGAAUAAUAGCGGUGCCACAAGGUGAUGCUACCACACGCCUCAGUGGCACCAUUAGUUCCCAUACUCGUCGUACGCUGAAACUAUAGUGGUGCUCAGACUUGGUAUAAUCACUUACUGGCGGUAUUUAUUCGAUCGAAUCGUUAAAUUCUUGUUUGUUCACUGUUGAAUGAAAUAUUUUAUUUUGCAAUAAAAAUGUUAAGAUACAACUUAUAGAUAAGAAUUUUGCCCAUCUCUGGCCCCGAGAACUUUGCAGAUUUACCUGGUAGGAUGUGAAAUGUAAACCAAAGUAUUAAACAUCGAUGUAAGUUAACGAUAAUACUUGUAAUUAUUCUAAUGUAAAACUGCCUCAACUUUUACUCUCUGACUGUCGUACAACGUAGGAUUUAAUUUUAGCGAUCUCGCACACGAUUGAUUUAAGUACUUAAUUCUCGUCGAUGAAGAAUCUCUUAACGCUUUGCUCAUCGAUCAGGAUCACUGCACUUGCUGCCUAAUACCGUAAAUUGCAUCUUCAAUAUUUCUUUAUAAAAUAAAAGAAUAACGAAACAGUGGACUUUUAGUUACACAAGCAUCGAUGAACAGAGCAUUGACUUGUUUUCACACUUUGAGUCGACGCGGAGUAGAUGGGAUUUAGCUUAAGAAAAUUAGUAUUAAUUCGACGAGCGUUUCGUUGUUACAUAAUUUAUGUUUAACGAUAGUGAAAUUCGCAUGAUUCUCGAUAUUGUCAUUUUGGUGAGGUGAUCUGUUGCCAUACUGUGCGAGGGAAGAGCAUAAAUUAAUUCGCGUUUAUUUCUGCUUCAAUUCUCCAUCGCACAGUGCAGCGAUUGUAUUAUUGUAUUUUAUUCUCGCGUAUUCGUAGAAUUAUUGUUAGGUGUACUAGGUUUACACGAAUGACAGCUAUUAUGAGCGCGCGAGGAGAUUGCCAUAAACUCCUCCCCGUACUCAUCGAGACGCCGCCGCGCCGUGGGUUCGUGGCGCUCUUCUCGCUAGCGCGCGAUACUUUUAACUAUCAAUCACGAACAAUGUGUGUCGUUUUCGACGCAAUCGGUAUCUCCUUAUUAUCUGUUUACGACAUCUCACGCUCAGGAUUCAACUAUACGUCAUCACAGUGAUACAAUAGCCUCGUUAACGGGAACAACAUGUUCUAUGUUUUCUAUGUAUUAUUGUUCACCACUAUUGUACAAUGUAUUAGCAAUAAUCACAAGACAAUAAACGACUACUGUUCGGGA